GCCAGUGCGAGGAUUCUUUCUUUCUUAAGCUGUUUUACCAAGAGCUAUUAAUUAUUAACUAGGAUUGCAAACUUCAAAGGGGCACAUUCUGACUGAACUAAAUGGGCUUUAGCCUAGCACCCUGCAGUAAGGGGGAGGGCAGGGGGGUUUCUCCCCGUGUUUGAUCAUGAGGUAUAUCAAAUUAUAAAGGAAAAACUCUCCAGCUAUGAUGAUGAUAAAAGCGGAAGAUGAAACUUUCUAUGACAUCGUCGGGGUAUUAAAGUCCCUGUCGUCAACUUAGUGGCGCUGGCCACCACUAAUAUCUGCAGGUCUGCAUGUUUAGGGCCGUUGGUGUAGUCAGGGAGGGUCGGUCAUGCGGUCUGAGCGGAAGGGGAGGGUCAGGCAGCGUUGGCUGCUGCCCAUCUGCUCUCUGGCUGAAAAAGCUUUCACAUUUAAGUCUGUGUUAAUGUUGGACAGCGAAGUCUUUGGUUUUUAGCCAUUUGUACCUGGGGAUUUUCAUGAGCAGUAUUAAGGUAGUUUAAGUUGAAGUCUGCAGAAGUUCUCUUUUAUGGUGAUAACACAAUAUGAUAAUUGCUUAGCUCUUUAAAGUAGAGUGAAUAAAGUAGGCUGUAUUGUCUUAACUUAUAUGUAACUUUUCAAGAAUAGUUUCAGAAUUUCACAGAGGAGAAAAUGUCUUAAAUUGAGACUACAAAUGAGGUUUUCAAUUCAGGUCUCAUGUUAGACCUAAGAUUUUAGGUAUAUCUCCCCCACCCCACCACCCAACACAAACCCUUUUAGAAAAAAUCAGGGAGAUAGUCUGGUGUACCACAUAAACUGUCACUUAACUAAAAUGUGAGUGAGGAUAUGGUUUCAGACUAAAUAUUGCAAAAUCCCGCAUCUGCGGGUCGUUUGUAGAAUUGUCAGCCGCUUGCUGUUUUAGAUGAAAGUUGAACAGGAAUGAAGUUUUAUCAGCGAUGCCUGUGAGACUUUAAGGAAUCCAUCAGUCCCUUACAUGUGAGGCACCGUGUAGCUUCUGACAUCUGACAAGGCCUUUCCCAUGAAGCCCCCAGCCAGAUGGUGCUAAAUGGGCAAUGAAAGAGAAACGACUAAUCACUUCGUGGAUACGGACAAAGCUACAGGACACCAUGACGUUGCUGUGUGACAGAAUAGCCCUGGACUGUCUCUUUCGGAAGCCCCUGGAUGGGGGGGGGGGGGACUUCUGCUCCUCACGUGGAAUCGAGCUGGAAAUUGAGCUACAGGAAGUUUACUUAAACCUGCCCAUAGUGUCUCAGUAAAGAGCCGCUCCUGCACACAAAUUACUUCCUAUCUGCACCCUGUAAUAAUACAAAUCUGGCUUCUGUGCACUGUUUUCAGACCUCAGACUUCCUCUUUGACCGGCGCUGAGGUGAGGGAGGACGGAUGCUGGCCGGCAGACUAUAGACUGCUAUGGCGUGAGCAGUGUUCCCCGGGCUGUUAGUGAUCUCCUCUUAGUUUUGCACCGUAUGGAAAUGGGAUCUUGCCAUCUAGCCUUAUCCACAUCCCCAACCUGCAGUUCAUCUCCGUAAGAGGCGGGCGUCACAUUCACAUGAACUCCUAUCGCCCAAGACGAGCCCGAACAUUUGCUUGACUGCAGCCACACGCAGUGUACACACAUUAGCGUCUGUAUGAAGGUUAAAUAGAGUUUGAAGGCAGUCAUCUUUGCAAUACAGAGUCCGUUAAAUUCCUGCGGGGCUGGCCAUUUAUGACGUAGUAAAAGAUUCUGCAUGCUGUAUGGAACCUGUUUUCUCACUUUCACUUAACAGCUUUAAUAGCCCUGCAAACCUGGCUUAAUUCGUCGCUUUUUUUUAAUUAAUUUCUUUUUUGCAGCACCAAAAUAAGUUUCAGCAUUAGAGCUGAAACGGCAGUAUCUCAGCAGUAUCUUAACGGCGGUAAUAUAAUAUCUUUUUAAGUCUCACAUCUGGUCAUGCCCUCAGAUUGGCGGGAGCCAUCAAGCUCAUGCAACUGCAGGUCGGCGUCACGUUCUUUAUGGUGGAUGGUGCUGUGAUGACAGUUGUACCGGAGGCUCGAGCACAUGUGGCUGCAUUUCUGUCUGAGAAGGCUGCCAGAAGGUGAAAACCAAUUCCCCAAGGAUGCUGGAACCUUGCACACUGGUUAGAGUAACACUGGGGCGCUGAGAAAUUUGAAAUAAAGAUAAAGGUCUCUGUAAAAAGCUUGGGAAUUCCUUUUAAAAUAUUUUUGUAUUCUGCGGGUUCUGCUGUUUUCAUUAUCGGUAGUUCAAAGUUGAAUCCCGGAUUUUUGUUAUCUGCAGUUUAACACAGAAGCCAUCCUGAACUAUAGUAUACUUUUUCCCCUCUUGAAGCUCUUGAACUUUUUCCCCAGGCCGGCACUCUCAACGGUUUCCCUUGAAUAAAAAUUUGAAUGGCAAUGACUUGAAUCUUGAAAGCAAAUGAUAUCCUCAGAGUAGGCCCGCUUGUCUUAAGACCAAAGAAUUAAGAAACUUUCCUCAGGCGGAAGACUUCAGUUUGCUAAGCUAAGCGAGCCGUACAGAGAGGAGCCACAGCAGUCAUCUUCGACGUCUCCGAGAAUCCGGACGCCAUCGACCAGCUGAACCAAGUGGCUGAGGACCCUCUGAAAAGGCCCGUGGUGUAUGUUAAGGGCACAGAUGCUGUGAAGCUGAUGAACAUUGUGAACAAGCAGAAGAUGGCACGGGCGAGAAUCCAACACAGGCCACCCAGGCAGCCUACAGAAUAUUUCGACAUGGGAAUCUUCCUUGCCUUUUUCGUGGUGGUGUCUCUGGUCUGCUUGGUGCUCCUCAUCAAAAUCAAGCUGAAGCAGCGGAGAAGCCAGAGUUCCAUGAACAGGAUGGCCAUCCAAGCACUGGAGAAGAUGGAGACGCGCAAGUUCAAGGCCAAGAGCAAAGGGGCUCGCGAGAGCAGCUGUGGAGCCUCUGAUUCGCUGAGCAGUAGCUCCACCUCCGACUGCGCCAUCUGUCUGGAGAAGUACAUCGAUGGCGAGGAGCUGAGGGUGAUUCCCUGCACCCACCGUUUCCAUAAGAAGUGCGUAGACCCCUGGCUCUUGCAGCACCACACCUGCCCACACUGCCGACACAACAUCAUCGAGCAAAAGAAGGGGAACCCGGGGCCUGUAUGCAUGGACCCAGGAAACCCGGUCCACAGCCGACAGCAGCGGGUAGUCCUCCCGGUUCAUUACCCCGGGCGCGUGCACCGCGCCGGACAGGUGACGGCGUAUCCAACCCGCACCAGCAUGGAUCCCCACGGCAAUCCCAUCACGGUGCUGACCGUGGACCAGCGGGCGGAUCCAACGCUUUACCCGCCACAGUCGUCGGCGUUCCUUCGCGGCUACCCGCCUGUGCACCUGGAGCAUUCGCUGAACGCGCACCGCUGCGGGCUGGACCACCGCCCCCCCAUGUAUCACCAGCCCCACGCCUUCAAGAGGCCCAAGUUCCACAGCCGCGGCUUCUCCCGAGCCGCCUGCUUCUCCCAGUACGAGACCAUGUAUCAGCACUACUACUUCCAGGGCUUGACCUUCCCCCAGGCCGAGGGUCAGCCUGCCGGCGGGCUGCAGAAGGGCCACGGUCGGGCCUUCCAGCAGGGCCUGCUGUAUCCGGCCGUUGUCCACAUGGCCCCCGCCUCCACCUCCUGCCUGGGAGAGACCGGGAGCUCCUCCGGAUUCAGCUGCUACCACGGCCACCGCUCGGUGUGCAGCGGCUACCUGGCCGACUGCCCCGGCAGCGACAGCAGCAGUAACAGUUCGGGCCAGUGUCACUGCUCGUCUAGCGACUCCAUGCUGGACUGCACCGAGGUCAGCAACCAGGGCGUGUACGGCAGCUGCUCUACCUUCCGCAGCUCCCUGAGCAGCGACUACGACCCCUACGUCUACCGCAGCAGGAGCCCCUGCCGGGCGGUGGCGGCGGAGCCGGGGCCUGCCCCCGCACCUGUGGAUGAUUCACCGGGCGCCUUUGGGCAGGAGUGCCUGCAGCCUCCCAGUGGUGCCUCCUUUGGGUCUGGGGACCAGCUGUCCAGCUGCAGCUUGGAGCCCAACUACAGCAGCCGCUCCUCACUAGAACCCAGGGAAACCAAUACCACUACCUCAGCAGGGGCACUAGAGGGCGCCGGACCAGAUCUCCGGAUCAGGGGGUUGGUGCUGGACGAAGGGGUGGAGCCGGGGCCGGCUUGUUCCUGUUGCUUUGACAUCCCGCCGGCGGACUUGGAGGGCAGGGGUCAGGAGCUCUGUCGGACUGGUUUCCCGGUGAUGGGGAAAUGUGCCCGGGGGGCGGAGUCCCAAAGCCCCGCCCCUGCAAACUUGUACGCCCCCGGCUCUGAACACACGUGCCCUGGGGAGCAGGGUGCCUAUGAAGGACUUCCCUGUUGCUUUUACAAGGAGACUAAUGUCCAUAGGAAUAACGGCAGCCUGUAUGCCGAGGACUGCGCGGUAAACGUCCAGUACGGCCAGGCUGAUGUGGAGAGCCGCCUGCUGCAGAACCGCGGUGACCCCAGCCAGCGCAUAUCCAUCAUCCCCGAGGACAGGGACUGCGAGCUGGGGCUGGGUGCCGGUCCGCGGGCCGCGCUGCUGCCAGCCAAGCAUGUAGGGCUUGGGGAGGUAGAUGGGGGAGGUCGGACUGUGGAGUGGGAGGAGCCUAGCAAGCUGUUCUUUUCCACUGGCCAGCGCCGAGAUCAAACGGUCUCAUGUGCAGAGGAGACCAGGGCUCUGUUCCACAGCCACGUGGCCACCUGUCACGAGAUGCUGGAGAACGGGGGAGCGCCAGGUGAGGGAGCGGAGCAGGAGCUCACCCCCCCGGAGGUCAUACCCAGACAGACGUACCUCCAUCGCUCUUCGCUAUGAACAAGCCUCGUCGUCUCCCAAAUGUCUCCAUAAUAACUGUGAAGCAAUUAUUUUUUUUUUCCUUCAAAAUCCUUGUUUACCUCCUUGGGCCAGUUUAAGUAUGAAUUAAGUCCUGUAGCCGUAAAUGCAAGUAAAACCACACCAAGGCAACAUGGGGGGGGGGGGGGGGUUCAAUAUCUUCAUCACAGAUUGAGCUGCAGUCCUCCAUAACCAAUCCCUGAGUUUGACCUCCCAUAAUACCUUUGGCAUUUCUGUUAUGUUCUCUUGUAUCCUUAUGGGGAAGGGCAGCAACUUGGCAUAAUGAAGUUGCUAUACAGCCUUGGGCUGGGUUACUCUUUUUUUUUUUUUUUGUAACCAGUGUCAUACAGAUGGGUGUCUAACAAAGACCGAUGUGUCAGCUGUCUAAAGCCCAUCUCUGCUUAGUCGGGACCAUCAUAGUCUGCUGGUUAAGACUGUAUACACUCCCCAACCUGGGUGGCUCUUGAGUUCAGUCAUACAGGAUUUCUCUUCCUGUUUAAGACUUGUAUGCAUGUGUUCUGGUGUACGUGCAACAAAAGAUGGCAUAAUCUUCAGUAAACACAUAUUUAAAACGAGUAACUUGGAGACAUACCAAAACAUAGGAUUAUCAGCCAAGAUCGUGAAAUAUCCACCACCCGUGCCACUCCCCCAUUUAAAAAACAACCAUCAUUGUCUAGCACCAGCCACCUCGUGGUGUCUCUUCUUUAAGAUGGCGGCUGACUUGAAGCAUCUUCCUUCCUGGAGGCAGGCCCCGCCCCCUUCUGCUUGAUGUGUGGUCUCCAUCUGCCCCCCCCGCCUUCCUAAAUCGCUCAGGGCUACUGCUGCCUUGGUAGCAACUAGCUUUUAAAGACAAGACUCUUGUGAACUAAUGAUUUCAGCACUGUAGAGGUAGAUAGUAGUUAUUGCUUGAAGUGAAGUUAAAAUGAAGUUUAGUUUUUUUUUGCCCCUCUCCUCCUCGUUGAGUUUAAUUGUCCAGCUUGUCACUGGCGAAGCGUGACUAUUCUGUAGUCUGCCCCCCCCCCCCCAGUAAUACCUCCACACAUGGGCACGGUGGCCAAUUCCCCACCAUCCCCCUGACCGCAUCACACGCGUGAAGCACUUGUCGUAAUGUGGGCCAUUUUUAGAAAGCGACCGUUAAGCUCCGCGUCCGAAAAAAGGCCAAAGUGAAGACAUUUUGGGAAUGAUUUCAGUACAGGAGGCUCAUCUCUGACAGUAGCGGUUUCACUGACCAUUUUUUUGUAAUAUUACAAAUCUCUCAAUGUUGUCAACAUGCCUUGUUUGUUUUACAGACUUAUAUACUGUUUCUAUGAAAUGUAUUCAUACUGGUAAGAGGCUACAAGUUUUUUUUUUUUUUUUUUUUUUAAGUAACGCUAUUUAUCUAUGAACUUAAACCAUAUGCUGUAAUUCAUGAACACAAUUCUAAUCUUGCCUUUGCAUAGAGAUCUAUACUGCAAAUCUAACAUUUUUGGGGUACUUGAGUCACUAUUUAAUUUUAUAUUUUUUGUAGCACUUAAAAGGAUUGUAUAAAAACACGGUGUACAAAAAUGUAAUAUUUUUAAAUAUAAUUAUUUUCUCGGUCAUUACCAUUUCAUGUUUAAAAGGCUAGAAAUCGAUCUGUGUAUAUUUCUGUAUCUGUAUAGCAGCCCAUUUCAUUUAUGGAAAUAUGUUCUCUGAAUAUUUAUUUACUAAUAUAUUUAUCUUUAAGCCAUGUCUUAUGUUCAGAGUGUGAACGUUUGAGGGUUUUUUUUUUUUUUGAGAAAUCACUAACAUGAGACAUUGUAAAUACAUGGUAAUUGCACACAAAGAUUUAUUCUCUGACCAAAAACUGAUUUUAAAUUUUAGUACAAUACAAUUUUGUAACAAAGUGUACAAAGACCUGUAAAAAUAUACAGUUUUAUUCAAGUAAA